UUUACUAACUGUGGUACAGUGGUAGUACUAUGGUAUUGACUCAAAGCAUCACGAAAAGCAAAAAUCCUAUUAUUCAAUUUAGCCUCUUUGCCUAAUUCAAUACUUUAGAGUUCGAGCGAUUCUAUAGAAAAACAUUUUUAAACCCUCCUAUAUUCCAUAAUCAUUGGUACUCAAGAAUAUGCGAGGCUCUUCAAAAGGCCGUAUUUUAUGCUGAAAUACUGUGGUCGAUAAGAUACAAUUCUUUGGAAAAGUAAAUGCAUCGAUUUUUUGCUAAAUUCUAAUUGAACAGGCAACCAAUAAGCACAAAAGAUUCACAAACCUUUCAUAAAGUAGGGUGCAAAGUGCAAAAGAGUUUAUGUAACCUCGGGCUCGGGUAAAUCGACGUCAGGUUCAGAGACCACUCGGCAAUUGGAACUUGGAAGCGAUCAUUCAAUGAAAUCAAAUGCAUUAUAACUUAUGUACACUAGAAUGAUCUCGUGAUUUUGUUGGCAUCUCGUGAGACACAGCGAUACGGAGAAACAAAGCAACACUUCCAGGUCACAAAUGCAUUUCCGCUAUUAUUUCGAAACGACCACAAAGUGAAUAUUUAAGAUCGUGUUUGUAUCUUUACGAAAAUAAUGACAGGGGACGUGUCCAGUUCACUUCGGAGAUGAACGGAAAAGAAAUUCUGUUUAAAAUUUUAAUCGUAGGUGAUGCAGAGGUGGGAAAAACGUCGCUCGUGAGACGAUACAUUAAUUCUUCAUACGAUAAAAACUACAAGGCUACACUUGGAGUGGACUUUGCUUUGAAAGUUAUCCCAUGGUCAGAAACACAAACAGUUCGUUUACAGUUGUGGGAUAUAGCAGGCCAAGAACGAUUUACCUCAAUGACACGAGUUUACUACAGAAGAGCAUCAGCAUGUUUGGUAAUGUUCGAUGUUGCUCAACCAAAUUCAUUUUACAAUGCAGCUAAAUGGAAAAAAGAUUUAGAUGCAAAGUGCUUUAAUGCUAGUGGAGAAAAUAUUCCUUGUGUUUUAGUUGCAAAUAAAAUUGAUUUACCAAUGAAAGUUACAAAAGAAGAAAUCAAUAACAUGUGCAAGCAGCAUUCAUUUUUAGGAUGGACAGAAAUGUCAGUUAAAGAAGAUAAACAUGUGGCAGAAACAAUGGAGUUUUUAGUAACAGAGCUAAUGUCACCAUCCACGUUGAUGAGAACAGAAAGUACUGGUUACGUUGGUCCACCAGAACCCCCACUAGUUAAUAGCAAAAGAUCAUGUUGUGGCAGUUAGCACAUAUUAUUGUAUGUAAUUUUAGUUUAGUAAUAGGUUUUAAUAAUGGUUUUUGCUGUUGAUAGGUUCACAUAUUAACUAUAAUUUUGUUCAUCUAUUUAUGGUUAGAAUGCAUCCCCAAAUGAAAUGCAAUUUUUUCUUUCAUAUGCAGGGUUGCCAGAUUACAGUGAAAAAAGAAGCCAAACAUCAUUCUAGCCAGCCCUUUGAUUUCUUUGUUUGAGAGUUGAGACAAAGAAAACAAUCAUUAUGGUAAAUAAUAUUUGGCUAAUUUAUUCAGUAACCUGGCAACCCUGAUUAUAUGCACCAAGUUUAGGUAGUACACGGAAAACUUGGGCACAAGGUUGGUUUACACUAUUUUACAAUCUUGUUCCACAACCCCAUAUGUGACUUUUUCUGGCAAGAAAACAAAGGCUCUGCGAUAAUCCAAACCGUAAAGCCAGAAAUCCUGGCUGUUAGAGUUUUGUGCCAUGCGCAUGUUUGCUUUUUACUCAGCAUUAAGACUUAAUUAACUUUGGUUCUCAACCGCCAUGUUUCCAAUAUUUGAACCCACCCU